AACGCAAGCUCUACAAAGAGCGGAGAACACGUGCAUCAACAUCGCAAGCGCAUAUAAGAACCUCCCGCCUUCCUUUGCGCUGAUCUUGAAAAUCCACAAACUCCAACACAAUAUUCAAGAUGGCACCACAAGACGUCGCCAACCCCGAAUUCAAGGCCCUGGGCGAAGCACCCCGCGACAUCGAAGAGAUCGCAAGACAGGAAAGAGCAUCAGUCCUCCCAUACUGGAACGCGAGUGUCGCCUUCCAGCUUGGCUGCGCCCUCCGCACACGCCUCCUUUCCUUCGAUAAGCCUACUGUGAUCCACAUCUCCACCAUCAGCACACCACCCCACGUGCUCUUCCACUCCGUAACGCACUCCGGGACAGCACUGGACAACGACUUCUGGGUUGCCCGCAAGAGAAACGCAGUGAUUAGGUGGCAGGCGAGUACGUGGCAGCUGCACAACAAGUUUGAAGGCGACGAGGAGAAGUUCAAGACGAAGUUGGGUUUGGGGGAGACUGCGAAGGAGUAUGCAAUUCAUGGAGGCGGAGUGCCGGUGUUUGUGAAGAAUGUGGAGGGCCCGGUGGCGGUUGUGGUGGUCAGUGGGUUGAAGCAGUGGGAUGAUCAUCAGGUUGUAAUCGAGGAGUUGGCGGAUGUGUUGGCGAAGUUGGAGAGAAAGGCUUAGAGCAAAUGAAGGAAAUUGAAGGAAAAUAUGAAAACAAGGUCCCGUUGUGAGAUUUCAACGGCCUGUGGGUGCGUGAGUGAGCCAUCUAGUAUCGCUGCAAAUCGA